AGUUUUAUCAAUAAAUUGUUUAUUUGAAUAAAUUUGUAAAAGCUUAUCAUUAAAUAUCAUUCAAUAUCAUCCCUUAUAAAUAUUCAGUUUUUACGCCAACGCUUAUUCAAUCAAAAUGUUUGUUUAUAAACUCUUAGUACUUUUCAAUGUGGUCAAUUUUAUUUUUUGUGAUGAUCUUACUGUCACAACCAAGUAUGGCCAGGUUAAGGGCAGGAUCCAGACUAUGUUAGAUAAUAGCACUUAUUAUGCAUGGCAAGGUAUUCCGUACGCAGCUCCUCCUAUUGGAAAAUUAAGAUUUCAGGCUCCGACAGAACCUUCUUCCUGGAGCGGAGUAAAAAAUACUACUAAAAAUUCAAAUGUUUGCUAUCAGGUAAAGUCAGAUUCACCCAACGAAAAUGAAGACUGUCUUUAUUUAAAUGUCUACGUACCAUCAAACAGGGGCUCUGAAAAAUUGCCAGUUCUAUUUUGGAUCUAUGGAGGAGCCUUUAGAGGCGGAUCUUCCAGUUUCAACUCAGUUGGUCCAGAUAGAAUAAUAGCUGAGGGAGUAAUUGUUGUAUCUCAUAAUUAUAGGAUAGGACCUUUUGGCUUCUUAUCAACCGGCGACACUGUAGUUCCUGGAAAUGCUGGCCUUAAAGAUCAAGCAUUUGCCUUGAAAUGGACCUUUGAGAAUAUCGCUGCUUUUGGAGGAGAUCCUAAUAAAAUUGUUAUUGCUGGUCAAAGUGCUGGUUCGGCUUCUGUGGGAUACCAACUUCUGAGCACGAAAAAUCAGGGUUUAUUUAGAGGUGCUAUUCAACAAAGUGGUUCCCCUCUAAAUGAAUGGUCAUACAUGUCUGAUCCUAAGCCCUACGUAUCUAGCUUAAUAAGUGUAAUCGAUGCAAAUGCAACUGUCGGAACUGACAGUAGUGCUCAACUGGCAUACUUACAAAGCCUUAAUGCUUCUGUUAUAGAUGCUGCUUCUAAAAGUACCACUCCGACUUUAACAUUGCCAGUUGUUGAGCCAGAACAUGAUGGUGCUUUCAUUACGCAAAAAAUGUUUGAAGCUUUUGCAGCUGGAAACUAUAAUAAAGUGCCCGUUAUCAUUGGAUGUAAUUCUGAAGAGGAUCUUUUUCUUUCAAAAUCAAGUGCAUAUGUUAGACAAAUUGGCCAAAGAUAUGACGAUAAUCCUCAUGCCCUACUUCCCGUAAACUUAGUCACAGAUGACAGUAAUAAAGACGAAUUAGCUGCACAAAUUAAAAAGUUUUAUAUUGAUGGCGAUGACGAAUUUAAAAGCAGAUAUGAUGCUGUUAUUCGGUUUGGAAGCGACAGCGGUUUUACCCGAGGAGCAAUUAAGCAAGGAGAACUUAUGUCAGCUUUUAAUGAUGUCUACUUUUACAUAUUUUCUUACGAUGGUAAAUUAGGUGGAUGGAAUAAAAACGUAACUGGCGCUGAGAAAGUUACGCACGGUGAAGAUUUAUAUUAUAUAUGGGUACACAGAGGUACCACCUCAAACGAAGACUUAAGUAAAUAUCCAGAAUCUGAUCAACUUACUAGUCAACGGAUAGUUAAAAUGUGGACCAACUUUGCUAAGACCUUAAAUCCUACCCCUGACAAUUCUACUUUACUUCAGGGAGUAACUUGGCCCAAAGUUAAUGCGACCAAUUACCAAUAUUUAGAUAUCGACACUGACCUAGAGGUGAAGAAUACACCAAAAUUGUCUUACCCUUUCUGGAAAGCUGCCUAUGAAAGUUAUGGAACAAGACCAUAUGUAACUUAUUAAAAUAUAUAGAAAAGUAAAAAUACAGAAACUCUAAAACAA